GGGGCGGCGACUCCGGGAACGUGGGGCGGGGCUUGCUGGGGACGCCUCGGCUCUCACGCACGGCGCGUGCUGACGUCACGGGCGCCAUCCCGGAAGCGCUACGGGGCCGCCAGAUGUGCAGGUGGGGAGUGGGGGCUCGAACCCGGGUCUUUGCACGCGUGGUGACACCUGCAUUCAACCGGAUGUGCCGCCGCCCAGCCCCAGAUUCCGUCUUUUAAACCCACUUUAAAGGGGGCCGGAGGAGAGAGGAGACGCACCGACACCCAGCACCCGCAGCCCUGGGGACAUGGAGCCGGCGGACUCGGCCUCCCGUGCCUUCUGCAGCCACAUGCUCAGCAUGGUGAACGAGGAGGACGUGAACGCCAUCAUCCUGGCCCAGAAGAACAUGCUGGACCGGUUCGAGAAGACCAACCAGAUGUUGCUCAACUUCAACGGGCUGGCGGGCGCGCGGCUGCAGCACAUGGCGGAGCGGCUGGGCCAGCACACACGCGCCCUGCUGGACAUGAAGCGCGACCUGGACAGCGUCUUCCGCAGGAUCCGGCUGGUGUCCCCAGAGUGCAGCCAAGCCCGAACCCCCUCGCCAAGCCUGUCUCCCCACAGGACCCUGAAGAGCAAGCUGAGCCGGCAGCACCCCGAGGCCUUCAGCUACAUCCCGGAGGCGUCCUUCCUGGAGGAGGAGGAUGAGGACGCCGUGGCCCCCAGCACCACCACCACCAUCGCCACCUCUGAGCAGAGCUCGGGCUCCUGCGCCACCAGCCCCGACGCCCUGUCCCCGUGCCCGAGCCCCGGCGCUGAGGGCACGCCGCCCCGGCCCCCCUCGCCCGCCCUCAACGGCUGCAGCAGCCCCGGGCACAGGGACGGGGGGGAGAGCCCCAGCGACUAGCCCCCGUGCUCGGCCUGCAGUCAGAGGCCGGGAGGUGUUUCUGCAGAACAAGCAGGCUGGGCCCAGCCUGCCCCGGGUCCCCUCCCUGCCUGGGUGGGGCUCGAACCCAGGGCCUCACUGCUCCGCCCUCUCCACGCCCCUUUGCCGAGACCCUCUCCCCUUCAUCUCUGAAAAGCUUCAUUUGUCGUCGGUGCAGAGAAGACGGACAGCCCCCCUCACACCAUUUCCUGGCCACCUCUGCCAAGGGAACAUUGAACUGGGGGGACUGGGGGUGCAGCUGGGGGGGCGGGUUCGAUCCCCAGCUCCUGUCUCAGCCAGAGCUCAGCGGGGCUCUGUUCUCGGGUCUUGGUCUCCCUCUGUUCCUCUCGUUAUUCAAAACAAGUAUUUA